CAGCGCCCUGAUCAUUGUGUGGGGAGCGAUAUAAGUGGACGGUCGUGUUGCUGUGUAAUGGCGGAUAACUCAUCAUCUAACGGUGAAAUUAAACUUAAUACCGUAAGUAGUGGGGGAAUAAACAGUUCAAGUGUAGGUGAAUCAAAUAUAAACACACCUCAACAGGACUUCACUACUAUGAAGAGUGCUACUAGUGAAAUGGAAAUGGAAGCGACCUCUGUUGGAGAUAAAGCCGGUGAUUAUGUUCGUGAGCUGCUGCAUGAAAAACAAAGCUUGGAUUCGUCGCAGUGGCCUAAUGCGCUGCGUCUUCUGGAUCAAGAGGUCACACGAGAAGUAGCCAGGGUACAGGCUUCGGGGAAGCCGUUGCCCAAGGAGAGUAAAUAUGUCGACAUCUACCGGGAGAAGCCGAUCCGUGUUGCAGUUAAAGUGCUAGUUCCCAUUAAGGAGCAUCCUAAGUUUAACUUCGUCGGAAAAUUACUAGGACCAAAGGGAAAUUCCAUGAAGCGACUUCAGGAAGACACUAUGACCAAGAUGGCCGUCCUCGGCCGCGGUUCUAUGAAGGACAAACAGAAGGAGGAAGAGCUUCGUGCAUCCCUGGAUCCAAAAUAUGCUCACCUAAGUGACGAUUUACACGUAGAAAUAGCUGCAUUUGCACCACCAGCAGAAGCACAUGCUAGAAUUGCGUAUGCACUUGCUGAAGUACGCAAGUACCUGAUUCCUGAUUCGAAUGACGAGAUCCGUCAAGAGCAGAUGCGUGAGAUGGAGCUAAUACAGACAGUGACAGAACCUGGGGCAGCUGGCUCCAACAAUGGAACUCCACCUUCUGGCGUCCGGAAACCUGUCCGCGGAGGCCUUCGAGGGCGUGGAGGAGGUGGCAUCGCCAUUCGUGGUGCAGUAGGCGGCUUGCGGGGUGGAAUUCCUCCUCUCCGUGGAGGAGGCAGGGGUCUUCUUACGCCACCUGCAGGUGUUCUGCACCCUAGAGGGGGCCCUGCUGGCGUCAGGAAACCCCUUCCCCCUCCACAAGCCCUGCUGCCUAGACCAACACCCACAAAGACAAAGGUGCUGAGCAUUCUGGACAGGGCCAGAGUCGCCAUGGAAGAAUCCUAUGGUUGCGAGGAUGACAUGGGCGGCAAUGUCGGUGGCUUCUAUGAGUCUUCGGCCUAUGACUCUUAUAAUGCCACAGGGUAUGGCACUUACGAGGACUAUGAUGAGGGCUCUGGUGACUACUAUGACUCAACAGAAGGCUACCCAGGACAAAGAUGCAUGUUCUCAGUGCCUCCAGCCUGUGGUGUCAAAACGAGGGAGUUCCAUCAUCGGAAAUAUUUUUUUUAGACUUUUUUUGUACAUUUAUAUAUUAUUACACAAUUUUUGUAUUAACUUCGCAGCUCAUAUUUACUGGAAUUACCCAUCAUUACGCAUUUGUAGUAAUAUUAGAAUUGGCCGAGCAGUAGGCUUCUGUGAAAGGAAUGAAUUUUCUUCUUAUUGUUUUGGAUCAAAUUUUCUUCGUUGAAGCCGGUAUGGAGGCGAAACAUGAUGAAUUCUGGUUAACAAAAAGUGUAGACCUACUUAAAUCAAGCCAGGAGUCAUGAUACCAACAAUCUGGGAAGUUUCACACUUCCAGCCCAUGUGAAUUCUCAGUCACUAAUUGAGACUGUGGAACCGUAAAGUAAACAGAAAGAUUUCUACAUUUAUUUCCAGUCACUAAAAAUUGACUACAUUUGAAAGAUCGGAUGUCAGUUGAUAUAGAAUUAUGUAUUUGUGUUAAAGAUGUUUGUAUUGAUAUCUUUUCACAUUAGGAUGCAUAUCAUUGUCAAAUAUAUUAUUUAUUUAAGAAUACCAUCAGUCACAAUACAAAGUGAAGCUACAUUUAAUACAAUUCCUGCAUUUUUCGACCUACUAAAGGUCUAUAUCAGGGGUAUCAUCCAGUUUACUUGUUAUGGUUACAAUAUUAUUUUUUCAUAAAAGUGUGCAUCAUUUGAAUGUUCGUUAUGCAAAUAAUGGAUAUUUUAGUGGUUUCUCAGAACAAAUUUAAAUGAUAUACAGUACAUUUAAUAGUAAGAUAUAUGUGAAGAUUUAAUCUCAAGAAAGCUUUGUUAAAGUAAUGAACUGUUUGGGAUUGUAGGAUACUCGCUCGGACAUUAAAAUGUGACACAUUUUUAUGUUAGAGUAAUAUUGUACAAAAAAUCAGUGAGUGAACUGGAUGAUGACCCUGAUGAAGAACAGUUUGGAAACUAUAAAUUUUCAAAUUUGACUUAUUUUACUUAAGUUAACCUUUAACCCUUGUAUGUUAGCUUUGUUUGUAUUACAAGUUGUCGCACUUACAUAGAUCACAAUGCUAGUUGUACAUUUAAUUUAGAUUUGAAAGUAAUUACUUUUAAUGUGUAUUGCUUUUGCUCAUAUUACACAACUGUAAUUGUUAUUCAUAAAUUUAUUUUUUCCGAAUAACCAACUGAAAUAUCUCCCCAAACUUUCUGUGGUGGAUAGAAUUCCUGAUUUUCAGUGCUUUUGUAUGAACACGUGUAAUUUUGUUCCACCGAGGACUUAAGUGAAUUAUCAAUAUCGAUUUAUGAUCCAUAUUGAAAAAUCCAUAAAGUUCUAAACAUAAUGGGUGAAAUGGUAUGAAAGUUGUGUAAUAAAACUGCAUGUAAACAUUUUAUUUUAGUAAUAUAAUAUUAUAUGUAGCAUUUUUAAUAUCAAAAUAUGAGCUGAUUUUUAUGAAAAACAUCUCAAGAUGACUUAUCAUUUUCUAAAGACAGUUAAAAGCAAGGUUGCAGUAUUUUCCUGUUUAAUUGUAAAAAACAUUUAAAGCUGGUUUAAUUCAUUGUAUGUCAUUUUAAGUAAGCGGUAUGUCUCUAAUAAUUAUACGUUAGGAAGAUUUCUGUCUUCUGGGUUUUUGCGCUGUGUAGUCUGGUCGAUGUUUACCAACGUUUCAGAGGUCAUACUGCCUCCGACCAGACUACACAGCGCAACAACCCAGAAGACAGAAAGAAAUCUCCAUACUCACCGCUGUGAAAACCUCAAGUCUUACACAAUUAUAGGUUAGUUUCGUUUUCAUAGUAAUGAUAAAUUGCCAUCCAUGCCAGAAAUAAAACAAGACGCAUUUGAAGAGCUGGUGCUACUUUUUGUCAGAAUCGUCGGAUGGUUAAUUUGUUAUGCAGAUAUGAGAGACCUGCUGACACUACAUAACUAAGCAUAAAUUAUUUAAUACAUGAUAUAUCCUAAAACUUACGUAAUAUUACUCACAUUACCAAACAAAUGAAAGUAGACUGGGAGAGUCUGUUGAAGCUUUUGUUACGUCAACUGAGAAUAAAAUCAUCUUCCGGAACUAAACAGUAUGCAGAGAGCAUGAAUCGUAUGUGCUCUCUCUUUGACACUUUUCCUACUAUAUAAUCUUACCUCAGACUAGAUA